CCCCAAAAUUCCUCUCUCUCUCUCUCUCUCUGAGAAUUUCCAGGACGACAGCUCUUGAGCCCAAAACGCACCGAAUCAGGGUCUUCUAUCUCUCUCUCUGUGCAAUUCGAUCCCUAGCUCGAUCGGUCAAUGCCGGUCACUGCUUUGGAGUUUCUCAAGUCACUGAAAUGAGUUUUUGAGGAGAAACUCUCACUCAAUUUGAUUUGGUUCAAUUGAGUUUGGGUGAUGGCUGAAAAUGUGAGGUUUGAGUCGUGUUCAGCUAGUCCUGAGGAAUAUGCAUUUGUGGGGAGCUAUACAAAUGGGCAGAGGGGGAGUUAUACAGGUGUCAGUUUGGAUAGGUCUGGAAGUUUCCCUGAGAAUGGAGAGAGUCGUGUUUUUGGUUCCACUAUGAGUUCCCGGGGGAGUGCUACGUCAACAGGGGAUUUGCCCCCGCUAUCCGAGUGUUUGAUGUUGGAUCCUAUUACAAUGGGGGAUCAAAAAUAUCGAUCAGGUGAGUUAAGGAGGGUAUUGGGGAUUUCAUUUGGGAGCACUGUGGAAGAUAAUAUUUUUGGGGCUGCUCAUUCAAAGCCUCUGCCUCCAGUAGCUAUAGAGGAACUAAAACGGUUUAAAGCAACUGUACGAGAUGCCUCUAUCAAGGCCAGGGGUAGGAUAAAGAAGUUUGAUGAUUACAUAAACAAAUUGAACAAGUAUUGCGAAGCUUUAAACUCAAAGAAACAACAAAGGAGUGAUAUGCUAACAAAUGAAAGAUCAAGGGGGUCAAACUUCUUGAAGACGGGAACCCAAAUUCCAAAAUACCUCCUGGCUCAAAAAAUGGAGGACAAGCCUAAAAAUGUGGUUCUAAAUAAGCGAGUUCGCUCAUCGGUCGCGGAGACAAAGGCUGAAGGUCGAAAAAAUUCCUCUGUGAGGCAGCCUCUGCUUAUGGGAAAAGAUAGAGAUAUUAUGCUUAAAGAUGUCGGUGAAGGUUCUGAUACUAUUGAAGAAAAGAUUUGCCGAUUGCCUGUUGGAGGGGAGAUGUGGGACAGAAAAAUGAAAAGAAAACGUUCUGUGGGCACCGUCUCUACGAGACCCAUAGAUGGUGAAGUAGAGCCAAAACGAGUGAUGCAUCAUAAGUAUAAAAAUGAGCCUGCUCUCCAAUCUUCUGAUGUCCAACGUUUUAGAUCAGGAUCCUUUAAUGGUAGUAGUGGGAUUAACAAAGAUGGUACUUCCUUUCCUGUUGGUUCAAAUGCUCGUGUGAUUCCCAGGAAUGAAUUUGACAGAGUUACUCUUUCAAGGGAUUUAACCUCUCCAUUGAGUAAAGAGCGAAAAAUAGCAAAAGGAAACAAUAAGUUAACUACUUGUGAGGGUGAUUCUAUUGUCAGUCCUAAUCCAUUAACAAAGGAAAAGGCUCCACGAGCACCACGGUCUAGCCCUGUAAUGGCAGGAAGCUCAUCUCCUAAUCUUCUUUGCUCUUCUAGGGAACUUGAAGUUUGUGAACAACCUCCAAGCAUAAACAAAUUUCAUUCUGCAAGUGGGGCUAACAAUCGCAAGCGUCCUGUGCCCUCAGGAUCACCUUCUGCCCCCAUGGCUCAAUGGGUUGGUCAGAGACCACAAAAAAUUUCUCGCACCCGAAGAACAAAUCUGGUGUCUCCUGUGUCAGGCCGUGACGAGCUGCAGACAUCAUCAGAAGCGUGUUUGCCUUCUGAUUUAGGUGCUAGAGUAACUUCUGUUGGGACCAAUGGGUUGCUUCUUGCCAGGAAUGGCAUCAAACAUUUUAGAGUGAAACAUGAGAAUGUCUCAUCUCCAGCCAGAUUAUCUGAAAGUGAAGAAUCUGGUGCUGGUGAAAAUCUUGAAAGUAGAUCAAAGGAUAAAGGGUCUGGAAGUUUUGAAGUAGACAAAAGAGCUGUAAAUUCUGUUCAGAAUGUUGUUCCUUCUGUAUUGUUUACAGAGAAGAUUAAUGUACUCAAUAAGGGAGAAACCAGAGAUGGUAAGCGGAAACAAGGAAGGAGUGGCAGGGGCUCAUCGGUUUCUAGGGCUAACAUUUCACCAAUUAGGGAGAAACUGGAGACUCCAGCUUCAACAAAGCCGCCUAGAUGCCCAAAGCCUGCUUCUGAAAAGAAUGGAAGUAAGUCAGGCCGUCCUCCUCUAAAGAAACUGUCUGAUCGCAAGGCCUUUACUCGUCUUGGGCAUACUUCAAUUGGCGGCUCCCCAGAUUUAGCUGGUGAAUCAGAUGAUGAUCAUGAAGAACUCUUAGCAGCUGCCAAUUUUGCUUGUAAUGCCAGCUAUCAUGCCUGUUCAAGUUCAUUCUGGAAGAAAAUGGAACCAAUUUUUGCUUCUAUCAGCUUGGUGGAUGCGUCCUACUUGAAGCAGCAAGUGGUUGAGCCUGUGACUGGAAAGAAUUGUUCCUCUCAAGCUCCUGAUUCUGGAGAAAAAGAGAGGGUCCUGGAAGAACAAAUUGUGUCAAAUGGGAUGACUAAGAUUGGCGGUUUAGAUGAUCAUGGCCAGGAUAUUGGUAAUUUUGAAAUAAUUGAUUUAGAGAGGACGAAAAACGUAACACCAUUCUACCAAAGAGUGUUGUCAGCUCUGAUUGUGGAAGAUGAAACUGAAGAAUUUGAAGAAAACAAUGGAGAAAGAGAUAUGUGUUUCCAAUAUAACAGAGAUGAUUCUCCUAAUGAUACUUGUCUACCUGUUGGUGUUGAUCAUACCAACAGGGUCAGGACUGAAUCUAAUUCCGAGUCCAUUUUGGAUCUUCAAACUCAGAAGCAAUGUGCUGUCAACAAAUUUUCUUGUAAUGGGAGAACUAACUUCACCAGGGGCACAGGCAUCCACAGUAAAUUAUCAAAUGAUGAUCUAUUCCAAGGAGAUCAUGGAUUUAUGCAUUCCAAUAAUGGGAUGUAUCCAUCGUUUUCCAGAUAUCUUGUUGACAGGCCGCUAGCUGAACAUACAAAUGCUUCUGGCAUUUCCUCCAUUGGCUGCCCAUAUGAUCAAAUGUCUCUGGAGGACAAACUGUUUCUGGAGCUGCAGAGUAUUGGCCUAAAUCCAGAAACAGUGCCUGAUCUGGCAGAUGGAGAGGAUGACGUAAUUAAUCAAGAUAUUGUCAAAUUACGGAAGGAACAUCACCAACAGGUUGUUAAAAGGAAUGCGCACAUGAACAAAAUUAUUAAAGCAAUUGAGGAGGGCAGGAAAAUGGAAGAACGGGACCUUGAGCAGGUUGCAAUGGACAGACUUGUUGAGUUGGCUUACAAAAAGCAGCUGGCCACUCGAGGAAGUAGUGCUUCAAAAUUUGGGGUCACUAGGGUUUCAAAACCAGUUGCCUUGGCUUUUACGAAGAGGACCCUUUGUAAAUGUCGGAAAUUUGAAGACACAGGAAAGAGUUGCUUUACUGAGCCUUCACUUCGAGAUGUCAUUCUUGCUGCACCUUCUCAUGGCAAUGCUGCAGAAUCUAUGAGUUGCUUUGACUCUGAAGUUGCUAUAAGUUUGCCUUGUGAAACUCAAAAAUCUCAAAUGAAGUCAAGGAUAUCAGGGCCCUUCCCCAGUAUAUCUGAGCAGCUUGAUCUUCGUAGUGAUAAAACUGGCAGCAGUUCAUUUGAUGUUUUUAGUAAUCUCACUUACCAAUCUGACCAGGAUUUUGCCAAAACUGGACCCAUAUAUAACAGAGGGAAGAAGAAGGAAGUGCUGCUUGAUGAUGUUGGUGGCAGUGCUUCCUCGAGAGCUGUAUCAGCUCUGGGUAAUACUCAAGUGGGUGGAGCAAAAGGAAAGAGAAGUGAGAGAGAAAGGGAUAAAGAUACAUCUGGCAGAAAUUCUGUCUCGAAAGCCAGCCGUACAUUACUCGGUAACAUUAAGGGAGAGCGUAAAGCUAAAACAAAGCCGAAGCAGAAGACAGUACAGCUACUAACUUCAGGAAAUGGAUUUGUUAACAAGUUUACAGAAACAAUUCAUGCUGAAUACCAUUCACCCAGAGGUUCUAGUGAAGUGGUUGCCAAUGGCAGCAAUGCGAAAGGAGGCAUAGCAUUGAUGUCCCACGGUGACAUUCCUCAGGAUCCAUCUAAAGAGAUAAAGGAGCCACUAGAUAUUACAAACUUGCAGUUGCAUGAAUUAGAAUCUAUAGAACUAGGUGUAGUGAAUGACUUCGGUGGGCCUCAAGAUUUAAGUACUUGGUUGAACAUUGAUGAUGACAAUUUGCAAGACCAAGAUUUAGCGGGCCUUGACAUACCUAUGGAUGACCUCUCAGAGUUGAGUAUGAAGCUUUGAAAGACAGUAUACUGUAUAUUCUCAUGGAUUAUUCAACUAUUUAGAUAAGAAUGAUUGUGCUGUUGCUGGGGGAAAACCUGCCAAUAUAACUUAUGCCUCCAGCUAUUGGCAAUUGUAAUUAAGCCCAUUCUUUUUGUAUACUUAUUUAAAGAAGUUAGUUAAUGGGAAAGAAAAAAAUAAAUAUCUUUGCUGUUUA